AUGCGUCGACCCAACAAGUUCAAUACAGAUGCUAUUCUGAAGAUGUUGACAGACUAUCCAGGUCAUUUCGUGAUUGGUAUUCUUGGUAAACAGGGUGUAGGCCAUAAGACAGACGGAAUAGAUAUGUAUGUUACACCUGAACGAGCCAUCUUACUCGACACAGAGCCUGUCUUGAGUUGGACAGUCUUGGACAAAGUACUUCGAUCUGGAUCCUUGGGUGGCCUUCACCCAGACUUGUGGCUAGAGAUGGAAAACCUGUAUAAUAUCAUCUUUAUGAUGUCUGUCUGUAAUAUCGUGCUUGUGGUAUCUGAUGGACCUGAAUUGGACAUGGACCUUUUGCGUCUUUUACAACGCGCUGUCAUGCUCAAGUUUAAUUUACCUGAUUUUCCUUUACUGACAGGUCAACAAGACAUGCAUUAUUAUCCUGAUAUGGUGUUUGUAUGCAACAAGUGCCAAAAACAAGAAUUUACAUUUAAAAAAUACAGCCAUGUCGAUCGUAUUUUGACUGAAUGUUUUGAAGGAUCUCAACUCAAGACACAAGGUCUCGUUGGUUUAAGUGAUGUGUUGCCUCUAUUCAAAAGCAGCCAGCAUCAUGCAAAUGCAUUCUUCUUACCUGAUUGGUCAGAAAAGACUCAAGUCGAGUCGUUUGAUACACUCAUAUCUGCCCUGAGAGAUCAAGUCUUUGCUGCUCCUCGAAGAGCAGGUAAAAAAGGACAAGUGUCUGAAAAAGAUUGGUAUCGAAAUGCUAUCAAAACUUUUGAACUUGUUCGUAAAUCAGACUAUAUUUCAGAUUAUCUUCAAGUGGUACGUAAAUUAAGAGAUGCAUAA